CCUCCCCCCCCCCCCCGCAGCCACGUGGUAGCGGCGGGGCCGGAAGGGGCGCAGCGGCGGGCGCCAUGGCGGCGGCGGGCCCUUUCGCGCUGGUGACCAGUUGCGCUGCCGGCUUCCCGGCCGAGGAGCUCGUCAAACGUAUCACAGGAAGAGAUGACCUUACUGUGGGUGCAACUACAAGCGGAAGAGUGAAUUUUUACCCCUGGACAAUAGAUAAUAAAUACUAUUCUGCAGAUAUUCACCUCUGUGUAGUACCAAACACAUUUCUUGUUACUGGAGAUAUUGCUGAAUCUGUGCAAGCAUUUGUUGUGUACUUCGACAGCACAAUAAAAUCUGGACUUGAUAGUGUCUCUGAAUGGCUUCCCCUGACAGAAGAGUGGUUACCAGAAGUCAUGAUCCUGGUUUGUAACAGAGUAUCUGAAAAUGGUGUUAACAGACAGAAAGCUCAAGAAUGGUGCAUCAAGCAUGGCUUUGAACUGGUAGAACUUAGCCCCGAGGAACUGCCUGAUGAAGAUGAUGAUUUUCCGGAGUCUACCGGAGUGAAACGAAUUGUACAAGCCUUGAACGCCAAUGUGUGGUCCAACGUAGUCAUGAAAAGCGACAGGACCCAGGGCUUUGGUCUUCUCAGUACAUUAGCAGGUGCGAACUGUAGCACUGGGUCAGAAGAGAACCAAGAUACAGAAGCCAAUCCAUCAUCAGCGGACAGAGAAGAAUCCCUUUUAGACAACAGAGAAGAUGGAGCUAGCACAAACAGCCUUGAUGUUGACAACAUCGUAGAUCCCGUGUUAGAUAUGGACAUUCAAGAGUUAGCCAGCCUAACCACGAGAGAUGGUAACCUGGAGAACUUUGAAAGGCUUUUUUCAAAGCUGAAAGAGAUGAAAGAUAAAGCUGCAACGUUGCCUCACGAACAGAGAAAACUACACGCGGAAAAGGUGGCCAAAGCCUUCUGGAUGGCAAUCGGAGGAGACAGAGAUGAAAUUGAAGGUCUCUCCUCGGAUGAAGAAAACUAAGUUCUUUUCGUAGCUGUAAGCGACAGAGCAGCCCUAAAAGAGCGAUCUUUUCCUGCAAUGAGCGUUUAUUGCGAAAAGCCCCAUUUAGCGUUAGUUGCUUACUUUGGUUAACGGAUUCCUGGCAUCACUGUAGUAACACAUUCCACAACGCCCCCCGGUUACAGCGGUUUGGUCUGAGUGUUCAUUUAUUCUCUGAUCUCAGAGAAUUUUGGAAGGUGAUGCAUGCAGUUAGAGGAAAUAAUAAUUAGUCUACAUUUUUCAAAUUAGCAUUUUUGUUAUUUCCUCUUUUGAGUUUAAAUAAACAAAUUUACUACCAGUUAUCUUUCUACAUAUGGCUGGUGCUUGUUACGUGACUACUGAAUUCUAAACUCAACAUUUUAGAUGUAGGCCUGUUUGAUGGUUUUAUGGAGCUUUAGAGCUGACUUACUAGUUAGAACAAACCAGAUUUAUAUGAGCCAUGAAGAGAAAGUUGCUGAAUUGUACCCUGUUGUGGGCUGCUGUGCCAAGGCUGCAAGGUUAAUCCUGCUGAGUGCCAAAGCUAUUAAAAAUGGCCCACAGGCUUUGAAUGCGGUUCGCGUCUGUAAGUACAGGGUCCUUCCCGGGAAAGUCAGGUGUUCUGCCACACUCCGUGGGUUUCCAUUAGAAACUAAAUUUGGGAUUAAACGCAAGACAGCUUUUUGCAAGACAGCUUUGUUCCAGGGGUGAAGUUCUCCGCCCAAACCUUCCGCAAGGCUUGGCCUCCGGGGCCCAGCAGAACGCACAGACCUGCUGCUGCGGAAUUCUGUCCCAAAUACCUAAAAGCUGUGAUUUCAGAAACCCCACGCCGUCACCUGGUGCGUUUAUUACAGGCUUGUGCUCCUGUAUGUUCAUGAGAAGGCACCAGAGUACAAGUCUCAAAUUGAUGCUUGGUGGUAUCAAGGGUUAGAAGAAACUCCCUUGUCCUUAGAUUUAGUACGUUGUCACCUUCUGCGCAGGCACGCAGCCGUGGGCUCACUGGAGAGCGUAAACAGGCGCGGCGCUAGGAAAACAGGGAGGAAGGCGUAGGCUGGUGAGGGAGAGAGGAGAAAAGGUAAAUGCCGCCCUGUCUCCGUUUCUGCGACAGUCACCCGUCAGACAGGGUCAGCAGAUCAACGGGAAGCGGUGGCCCCUGCUGGGUCCUUCCCGCCCGCUGUACCCUGGGAGACAGCACGUAGUUUCCCCAAGAGCAUGUCCUUAUCAAUCUGAAAAUAGGCCGUGUUAAGCAAUCUUAUUGGGAAAUUUUGAAAUUGACUUUGCCAAUGUCUGUUUUUUCGUGUCAAUAAAUUUUGUGAGUCUUGA